AGUAUUUUGAUUGAAGCAAGCAUAUCAGAAGGUGUAUCACUACGUCAACCUCUGAUCCACACACAUUUUUUCGCCAAAAAAAAAAAGCUAUUUCCAGCAGCAACAGCAUUUUAAACUAUAAAAAAGAGGAAAACAAUAAAACAGAAAAAUUUACAUAAUGAAUGUGACACUUAAAAUCCUUGACAUCCUGGUCAUAAUAACAGCUGUUGCAGUUUCCACAGUUAAUGCAGCAAAAUUUUUGUCCAACAAACCCGACUUCUUAAUACCCUGUCGUUUGCAGGAUCCAGAUUUUGGCAAAUGUUUUAGCAAAAAUUUUCAAGUGAUAUUUCGCGAGUGGAAGUCUGGCAUACCUGGUUAUAAAGCUGCCGGUUCCUUUGAUCCUAUAUAUGUUAAACGUAUUUUGUUUUCUCAAGAUCCCAAAAAUCCUGUGGCAUUAAAUGUUGAUCUUUCUAAUGUGGUGGUAACUGGCGCCAGUAAUAUGAUCGUUCAAGAAAUCAGUUUCGAUGCAAAAACAUUAGUUUUACAUGCUAAAUUAUUAGUGCCAAAAUUGCAGUUUGCUUUCGAUUAUAAGAUUAAUGGACAAAUAUUAAAUUUAGUUUUAAAAAGUCAUGGCAAGGGUUUCUUCAAAAUUGAGAAUUUGGGCAUGAUCCUUAACGUACAACUUAAGUUGCGCGACGAACAUGGUUUCACAUUUGGCGAUGUCGAAAAAUUACAUAUGGAUGUUACAAAUAUAGGAGGUGUACAUACACAAUUUGAUAAUCUUUUCAAUGGUCAGAAGGAUAUAGAGGAUAGUACAAAUACUCUUAUAAAUGAGAAUUGGCGAGAUUUUUAUGAAAUUUUACGACCCGCUGUAACAGAAGCCGUACAGGAGAUAAUGAAGGAUCGACUAAAAAAGUCACUCGGUUAUGUACCUUUAAAUUAUUUCAUAGAAGAUAUACCAACUGCUGCUGUUCACUAUGGUUAAAGUAUUAAGUAUUUUUGUGUUGUAAAACGGUUUUGCAUGGAAUGAAUAAAAACUGAUCUAAGAGAUA